AUGUUGUUCUCAUCGAAAAGCGGGAAAGCCGCGAGUCAAGCAAGACUAGCCGCUCAAACCGGGACGACUGAGAAACGACCGGUGACGAACGAGAAUUGGAUCAAUGGGGACCGGUCUGGCACCGAGAUUGCUCUUGAAAAGAAGGGUGACAUCAAUGCUCUUCAGCGAUAUCGAUAUUCAAACAUUGCGCUGGUCGUCAGGGAUGCUGCGCUCGGGCUUGUGGCUGUUGUGCAAAUCGCAGUAUUGACGACACCCGCAGCCUUGGGCACAGAGAAGAAGCGACUGAAAGAGCUAUACAAGGUCAACAUCGAGAAAGGAUCGGACUUUCUCUCGAGGUUCAUUGUCCGGCUCUCCAUGUUCGGUGUGAUGGGGGAUAGUUGGGAGGACCCGUUUGCGAUGAUCGUCGAUGCGCCGCCGAGCUAUGAGGACACAGAGAAUGUCAAGCGUGUGGAUCAACACUGA